UGGUAAAAACGCGCCCUGUUGUUGGCGCACGGAGCACACUGCAUCGCAAGAACUGCAUACCAAAAUCGCAUCCAUCGCGGUGUGCACGGUGCGGCGCCUCCAGUCACAUUAUUCGUUCGACCAUGGGGGGGAGCAGGCUUAACAAGAGUUGUGCUGCGAUCAUUCUUCAAGUCUGCUAUGUGUGCUGUUUCUUGCAAGCUGCGGGCUCGACUGAUAUCGAAGAUCCUUGCGAAGGCCUACUUCACGAAAUCGAAAUGACUCACUGCGCACCGAAUUGUGGCAAUGAAUAUUUCGUCGAGGGCGGCCCGAGGAUGAACUGUCAAUGCGACACCAAUUGUGUCGUGUAUGGUGACUGCUGCAUUGACUACUCGGACCACUGCGCCAACGGCUCAGAUCCAUGGGCAAACCGCUAUGAUUUCUCGCCUCAUUUGGUUUGCGUUUCCCCUUACGACCCAGACAAUGCGAUCCGCUAUCUGGCCGUUGGACGGUGCCCAUUGGAUUGGCCAAUGGACGACAUCAGACAAAACUGCGAGAAUGAGACAUUGGCCCGCUCUCAGAGAUUCCUCACUCUUCUAGUAAAUGGGCCAGAUGAAAUUGUCUUCAAGAACGUCUAUUGCGCUAUCUGUCACCACGUCACUGAUCCGGUACCCUGGCGUCUCAGACUGUGGGACUGUGAACCUGCGGAAGGUGGGACCGACUCCGUCCUCUAUGGCAAGCCCAAGUUUGAUGCCUGCGAGGGCAUUGAGGCAACUCCCCCGACAUCCAUGCUAACUAACCCACAUCGCUGUUUUCAAAAUUUCAUCGACAGCUGCCCGGAAACCACCAAUGUCACAGAAUCCCAGAUCGCACUUUGUGGCAACUAUACGUCCCUUCGAUUCCAUUUCGACUUCACUCAUGAUGUGAUCACAGCCUACAAGAAUGUCUACUGUGCAUAUUGCAGUGGCGCGUCUUUCCGGAUAAUAACUUCUGAUGAUGCCCUCUGGUGCCGGUUAGACGGAAAAGGGUUUACAUUUAAUCCCUUAAUUUCAUUCCAGCUUCUUUUUGAUUUCACUUCGCAUUCGGUCAAUACCGUUGAACAGCUGGGGGAUUUUGGCGACGGGGACCCAGAGGUGGUAGGCAAAUGUAGUCUCCUGCAGCAAUACGAUCCGUUUAUUGGCGUGUGCAGAAACCUGACUUGCCCAGUCGGUCGAGUGUUACAGAUGGGUCAGUGUGUUGAAUCUUACGAUCAGAUCAUCACCCAAGAGCCAUCAGGCGACUGUUGGCAGCAACUGUUAUCCUCACUCAUUGGUCUUGAGAAUAUUUCGAGUCACAUCUUAAAGGGUAACGUGUACGGCCAAGCCAGUGUCUAUGUAGAUUUGUCCGUAGCAGCACGAAUCCAAGGCGCCUUAGACCAGUUCUUCUCCAGAAACCUGACCUUCCCCUGCAAUGCAACAACAUCUCUGCUUCUAGUUGCAUCGCGACCUGCCAUGAAUGCAUCCAGGAGGUUUGUCUGUGAGGGGUUCACCCAACACAAUGUGGACGUGAACGAGAUUGCAUACGCUGGUGGUGUUUUCCAUGUCAACAUUAGCGGCCUUAUGUACGAGGAGACCGAAUUCGUGCACAUUACUAAGUAUGAGUUCACGAAUGAAACUCGGUCAAAGAACGGGGACUUGAUUUUAUGCGACCCGUUCAUUGGGACCGGCGGCUGCCCCGUUAUCGCUUUCGACCGAAGUGAAUUUCUUAUCUCGGGCGUUGGCGCAGAAGUCGUUUUUGUUCAUAAGGCUUCAGGGAACUCCUUCGACGCAGGUGAUGUCUGGCAGUUACCCGAUGGCACCCUGCGGAUGUGCAACUUUCUCCUCGGGACACACACCGUUACAUAUCCAGCCUGGCUCACAACCCUCUCGGACGUAAGUUUUGCCGGCAGUGUGUGCUCGAUUGUCGUGUUGGUCCUUACGUUCAUAACCUACAUGAGAUUCUCAGUUUUACGAAACGUACCCGGUAAAAUUGUUCUGAAUCUUAUCGUUGCCUUAAUCCUAGCCCAUGUGUCUCUGGUGGUUGAUACGACAUCAGCUCCCUGGUUGUGCGUGGCACGGGCGUUAGUGCUGCACUUUUCCUGGCUGGCUGUAUUCACUUGGAUGAGCAUUUUGGCAGGUAAUUUAGCUAUCCGCAUGCGGUCAAUGAGGCCUCCUUCCAUACAGGAGGGCAGUGGUGGGCACAAAGUCGCGAAGGUCUGUGUUUUGGCCUGGGGCUUGCCCGCCUUCUUUGUGGCUGUCUGUUUCUUCGUGUCGAAGUUGGGUAGAGAGCAAUCGUCUUUUGGACUCGAGUAUGGUGGCAGUCAGUGCUGGAUUGUUGACCCAGCCCAUGCGUUGUUGGUGUUCGGCGUCCCGUUGUCUUUUCUUCUUCUCGUCAACUGCUUGUUUCUUGUGGUCAUGAUCUACACAGUGAUUGCAAAUCGAAGAAGGAUGACUGCUGCAAGAAUGCCAACGAAUGGCAAAACCGAUAUUCUACUCUGCGCUAAGCUGGUGGUGGUGACUGGAGCGACUUGGUCCCUCUUCCUUGCAGCCAACUUGAUCGACGUCGCCAUCGUCUGGUACCUCUCCGUCGUCGUCAACUCCCUGCAGGGCGCCCUCAUUGGUCUGACGUUCCUCCUGAAGGACAACGUGAGGGCGCUGUGGCGGCAGCAAUUUUGGCUGAUGUUCUGUGGCUGCCAGGCCCACUGCCGCUGCCUUUUCGGUCGACUCACGAAGAUUGCUCGAGAACAGUCCGCCGCAGACAGCUCCUCUGCACGAGGCACAUCUCCCACAAAGGCAGGAAGCAGUGAAGAGGGGGAUUCGCCCUGCGAACGGCAAGAGAACCUCAACAGCAUCGACACAAAACUGUGAAUCCGAAGUCAUUUGCAGUCAUUUUUAACAGUGGCGUAACUGAUGAGGUCCUAUUUGCGGGGGGGGGGGGGACACUUGGGCGUUCACUAAGGGGACCCUGAAUGGGUGUUGAACAAUAACAACUUUUGAUUGUUUUUCUUGUAUCCUGAGCGGAGGUACCGUGGGGACACACUCGACACAGAGCUCAAGAGGGUGGGGUGGGGACAUGGGCAACUCC